CAGUUGUUUACAUUGAAAACAUUUCGUGUGCUUUAAAAAAGCAAUUACUGUCGAGUUUUGAUUCUGUGAAUUGAAAUAAGGAUUCUUUUUGAUUGUGCUUAUUAUAUUGGUAAAUGUGAUUUUGAUGAUGAAUAACAUGUAAGGGUAAUGUAUAAUUCUACUUAUAAAAAGAUCUUAUUUAAACAAGGAAGUUAAUUGCUUAUCAAUACAAUUCUCGUUGAUUGUCCCCGGUGUUCAAUGAGUACAUUUUAGUACAGAUUUCUUUUGAAUUUUGUACUUUUUUAUUUCAUGAUAGUGAAUCGAAAUAUUCACUUUGGGUUCGGAUUAUAAACAUAACAUUUAAAAUGGCAAACAUCCAUGUUCAGUGUGAAAUGUGUUGUGAGGAAGAGGCAGUUGGAUGCUGCAAUAUAUGUGGAAACAUUUGUGAAUCGUGUUGCGUAAUUCACAAGAAAGGAAGGGCAUUCCAAAACCACAUUCUGAAGAUGUACGGAAAAGAUGGAUACAAUUCAAGGAGUAUUAUAUAUGAUAUCACAGAGGAGAAAUGUAAACACCAUCCGAAUGAAAGGGCGUUAUUAUUUUGUCAAAUUCAUGAAUUAAUGAUCUGUGGUCGAUGUUUUCGUUCGGAUCAUAUAUCAUGUUGUCAUGAAGUUGUUGAUUUGUGUGAAGAGGCAGGGCAUGUUGAUUACGACCAAUUUAAUGCUAUGUCCGCAGCUUUAAAUGCAAUUAAGGAUGACAGUAAGCGCAUAAAAGAAGAAAUUGAUAGACACAAAGAAAGAAGUAAUACCCAUGCAGUUAAAUGCAAAAAAGAAUUGGAUGAUUUGGAAAAUAGACUGAAACGGAAAGUGGAACAUUCGAUCAGUAGUUUCAAAGAGGAAGCCCAAAAAUAUCACGACGAAAACAUAGCCGCCUUUUCAUUCAUUUCAUCCGUUUGUGAAGAUAAAGUGUCUUGGGCUAUCAAAGAGGAAAGUCAACUCAAUGAGUUUGUGAACAACUCGUUGACGGGUCGCCUUUACCUUAUGAGCCGGAAUUUCGACAAGGGAAUUUCAGAGGUCAAAAGGCAGAUGAAAGAGGCUGAAUAUAAGAAUACCUUUAAAAAUGUUUGUUUAAAGGAAAAUACGGCUGCCUUAAAGUGCUUGAUUGAAGACUUGACUGAUGUUUGCGAACUUCAGGAGGAAGUUGAUGGAAGCGACGAAGUAACCACGUUAUCAAUCGGGAAUGCAACUGUCGAAAAUGAAAAAACUCGUAAGGAGCUUUUCGAAGAAUUAAUCCAAGCGAAACUGGACACAAAUAAAGCAGAAACGGCAAGAAAUGAGUUGAAAGAACAGUUAAUGCAAGCGAAACGGGACUUAGAAAACUCUGAAAAAACACUGAAAGGCCUUGAACAAGAGUCACUGAAUACGGAACAGAGAAUGGAGAAAUCUGAAAAGACAAGGGAGAAACUCUGCAAUGAGCUGCAACAAGUAAAACAGAAACUUGAUCAUUCUGAAAAGACAAGGGAGCGAUUCGAAGAUUUACAGAAAGCGAAACAGGACAUAGUGAUAUCUGAAAAGGAAUGUACAACACUCCAGGCAAAGUGUACUCACUUGAAGGAUUGCAUAAAAUGGACGCAGCCCACUGGAGCAGUGGAGGUCAAGCUUAACCUGGAACGAGUCUUUUCAAUUAAGUGUGUAUUUACAUUCCCGGAUGGUAUUCAGACGAAAUACAAUCGACGCCCGGGGAAACCGUACAAAGGCAGCGAAUUUACAGGAUUGUUGAAGGACGACAAUAAGGGUCAGCUGGUUUGUAGGAUGUUGAAGGCCGCGUUUAGGAGAGGACUGAUGUUUACUGUUAAUGAAUACGAGCUUGUCGGGCUGGAUGGCUUAUCACUAAUUAGUGCUUCGUUUACGAAGAUUUGGACAUAUGCGAUGUAUGAUGAAUACAUACAGGAGGUGAAAGCGGAGCUUGCAGCCAAGGGCAUCACAGAGACGAACAUAGAUUUAACCGAGAAGCUGGAAGAGACAUUCACUGUUGAAGGUCCGUGACUGUCAUCGGACUUCUGUUAUUAUUAGUCUUUCUGUCCAGGCAAUACUUGUUUUAAUAGCUAAAGAUUUCUAGAAUCAUGUUAAAUAAUUGCGUUAAACGAUAACGUUAUUUGAUGCUUAGAUAUGGUAAACGUUAAUAUAUGGGGUAAGAAAGCAACGUUACAAAUAUCGAACGGCGAUAUAGUUAUAUAACAUUGGGAUCAAUAUCCCUGAAGACAGAUAAAUUGACAACUUGUCAACACACAAAAUAUUUAUUUUUUUCUAGAAAAUACUUUAUACUUUGUAUCUUAUCUUGUCUGGAAAAUGUUUGUUCUUUUAUAACAUUAGUGAGGUUUCGUGUGUUUUUUUGUAGACAAUGCCGUCAAUGUUAAUGAAUUUGCCUAACUUCAGAACGACAUGUAUGAAAGCGCGAGGAAUUUAUUAAUCAUUGUACUUAAAGUGGGUCACAUUCUAUUUCAUGAAUGAAGUUAAUAUUACAUAUAUAGUUUGCAAACUUGAUGUGAAUUGUGCAAAUGUUGAUGUAGGUAUAAAAGUUUAAAUAUGGCAAUAAAAACAUAUUUACCCCCUCAUUUUCAUAUUCUGUUGAGAAUAUGAAUGAUUGUUUAAGGAAACACCACAAAUGAGGAACAAGCCAUUGAUAGAUUCAAUACAUGGGGACAUAUAUUACAGCAAUAACAAGGUUAUUGUUAAAAUGGAAAGACAUGCAUAUAGUUUCUCUCAUGUGCUCUAGGGUUGGCAAUUAAACACAUUAAUUGGUCUCUGUCAUUUUUUUUGAUCAGUCAUUGAAUAUGUUCAUAAGUGUCUCCCAUGUGUUGUAAAGACAGCCAUUGCAUAUGUCAAUGAGUCUCUCUCAUGUUUUGUAGGGUCAGCCAUUGAACCUGUUAAUAAGUUUCUCUCAUGUUAUGUAAGGUCAGCUAUUGAACAUGUUUAAAGGUUUUCUUUCAUGUUUUGUAGGGCCAGCCAUUGAACAUGUUUAAAGGUGUUCUAUCAUGUUUUGUAGGGUCAGCUAUUGAACAUGUUAAAAAGCUUUCCCUCAUGUAUUGUAGGGUCAGCCAUUAAACUUGUAAAUAAGUUUCUCUAAUAUAUUGUAAGUUUAGCCUUUGAACAUGUCUAUAGAUGUAUCUUGCAUUUUGUAGAGUCAGCCAUUGUACAUAUUAACCGGUUCCUCUCAUAUUUUGUAAUGGCAGCGAUUGAACAUGUUUAUAGGUUUCCCUCAUGUUUUGUAGGGUCAGCCAUUGAACAUGUUAAUAUAUCUCUCACAUAAUUUGUAGGGUCAGUCAAUGAACAUGUUAAUAGGUUUCUUACAUGUUUUAGGGUCAGCCACAUUGAACAUGAUACUAGAUAUCUGUAAUGUAUUGUAGUGUCAGCCAUUGUUUAUCACAUGUUUUGUAGGGUCAUCCAAUGAACAUGUAAAUUUGUUUUUAUAGGGCAAACAAAUGAACAUGUUACUGUGGGUCUCCAUUAUGUUAAAGCAUGUUUACAUUGAUCUUUCCUUUCAAAGCAAUAGAUUGAUAAUAUAAAGUAAUUCGUAGUAUUGAAAUAAAGGCGGACAUCACACAAAUGUACCUUGGCAGGUAGACGGUAAUAAAGUUUGCAAAUGCCAAUUUAGGGUUUUAUCCGUCAUGGAUUUAUUAACAUUUACAAAUUAUACUCGAUUUCAAUAUAGUUUUACUACCAGAUAUAGGGAUUCAUCCGUAAUGGAUUGAAUUCCAUUAUGGAUUACACACUAUUUCAAUAUAGUUUUACUACCAGAUACAGGGAUUCAUCCGUAAUGGAUUGAAUUCCAUUAUGGAUUACACACUAUUUCAAUAUAGUUUUACUACCAGAUAUAGGGAUUCAUCCGUAAUGGAUUGAAUUCCAUUAUGGAUUACACACUAUUUCAAUAUAAUUUUACUAACAGAUUUAGGGAUUAAUCCGUUAUGGAUUGAAUUCCAUUAUGGAUUACACACAAUUUCAAUAUAAUUUUACUAACAUAUUUAGGGAUUCAUCCGUUAUGGAUUGAAUUCCAUUAUGGAUUAUACAUUUUUCAACUUAUUUUUUUUACUAAGAAUAAACCUGAAAUAUUAAAACAGAAAACCGAUGAAACAGUCUCAGUUAUAUCAUAUCAACAUAUAAUUCAAUAUCAAAUUGUGUAGUUGUUUUGUCUGUAAAUUAAAAUUAAAAAAGCAACUUAUCUGUUUGAAAAUAAUCUUCUUAAAAGUUAUUGCAUUAUACUGUUUUAAUCGAAACAAUUACGCUUACAAUUUGUUAUAAAGUUAUGUUUUAAACAAACCUCUUAAAAAUUCUUUAUAACACAUUAACGCAAUGCCAUCUUGAUUACGUUUCCUCAUACUUUGGUAAUUUGGUAUCACGAAUAAGUUUAAGCAAAAACAUUUUUUUCGAUCUAUUCACGAAUAUCAUUGAUCUAGACAAGUCAGACAAUCGUGUCAAUCAAAUGUCCUAAUUAUAUGAAGGCAAAGAUUACCACAUGUAGAGAUUGACAGUUAUAUAUUGAUACGUGUAUAUGUUUGUGUUUAUGUUUAUGUAUAUGUAUAUCCGUAUAAAAUAGAUAAUCACCUAUAUACCAUUCAUUGUAAUGUUAUAAUUUUGAUUAUUGUAAGUUUUGGUAUGUUAUAUGUUGUUUGAAGUGCACAAAAGUGCAUAUAUGUAUAUAUAUAUAUAUAUAUGUAUUUAUAUGUACACAUGCUUUAUACUUCUCACCAUUUUUGUUUGAUAUUCGGCCACAUGGAUCUAUGAUCUUCCGAUAAAUAAAUGUUCUGUUCUGUUCUAUAUUAGUGUGCUUUUUAGAGAACAUGUAAACAGUGUUUAUAUUUGAUUGCUUGACCACUUGGAUUGUCUGUGUAGUUUUCAUUUGUUUAUGUAAGUGAAAUUUGUAUUUUUAGAUACAUGUUCUGUAGUUUAUAAAAAAAAAAAAACGUUUUUAAACAGUUAUUUACUUUUUUAAUAUUCGUGCAUGUUGUUACUAUUAAAUAAUUGUGUGAUUCUAAAAGGUUUUUUUUAGAUUAAUGCCAUCUGAUAAUACCUAAAUAGUGAUAACUAUAUCUGGACUGCAUGGGAAUUAGCAUGGGAACUUGUUAAGAGGUUAUCCUUUGCAAGUGACGAAUGAACCUUAUUAAUGAAACAAUGACCCUCUGUAACAGAAGUAAUAUAUAAAUUCAAACAAUGUGAUUGAUUAAAUUGGAAACUUAUAUUAAUAUUAUUAUUGGUUAUACGUAAUAUUCAACUGUUUUAUUGAUUGUGUACCAUAAAAUUUAUGUUUUUAUAAGGUUUGACA